GUCAUUCCGCUGGACAGACACAGUGUUUUUGUAUAUUUAAAAUUUUAGGUAAUGGGCAGAUCAGAAAGUCAGAUGGAUAUAACUGAUAUCAACACACCAAAGCCAAAGAAGAAACAGAGAUGGACCCCAUUGGAGAUCAGUCUCUCCGUCCUCGUCCUGCUGCUCACCAUCAUUGCAGUGACAAUGAUAGCUCUCUAUGCAACCUAUGAUGAUGGUAUUUGCAAGUCAUCAGAGUGCAUAAAAUCAGCCGCUCGACUGAUCCAGAACAUGGAUGCCACUGUUGAGCCUUGUGCGGACUUUUUCAAAUAUGCUUGCGGAGGCUGGUUGAAACGUAACGUCAUUCCUGAGACCAGCUCUCGUUACAGUAACUUUGACAUUUUAAGAGAUGAAUUAGAAGUCGUUUUGAAAGAUGUCCUUCAGGAACCCAAAACUGAAGAUAUAAUAGCAGUGCAGAAAGCAAAAAUGUUAUAUAGAUCUUGUAUAAAUGAAACUGCUAUUGAGAGCAGAGGCGGAGAACCUCUGCUCAGACUGUUGCCAGAUAUAUAUGAUUGGCCAGUGGCGCUAGAAAACUGGGAGCAAAAAUAUGGUUCUUCGUGGACAGCUGAGAAAUCUAUUGCGCAACUGAAUUCUAAAUAUGGAAAAAAAGUCAUUAUUAAUUUUUUUGUUGGCACUGAUGAUAAAAACUCUACGAAUCAUAUAAUUCAUAUUGACCAACCUCAACUUGGCCUGCCUUCCAGAGACUACUAUGAGUGCACUGCAGCAUAUAAAGAGGCUUGUACGGCAUAUGUGGAUUUUAUGAUUUCUGUGGCCAAAUUGAUUCGUCAGGAAAGAGGACUGCCCAUAAAUGAAAGCCAGCUUUCUUUGGAAAUGAAUAAAGUUAUGGAUUUGGAAAAAGAAAUUGCCAAUUCAGUGAAAACAGUAAUACUGGAUGCUGAUGAUAGCACUAAACUCGUUAGGCCACAUGAGCGGACAGUCACAGAAGCUACAACUAAAUCUGAAGAUCGAAAUGAUCCAAUGCUUCUUUAUAACAAAAUGACAUUAGCUGAGGUCCAAAAUAAAUUUUCACUGGAAUUCAAUGGGAAGCCAUUCAGCUGGUCAAAUUUCACAAAUGAAAUCAUGUCAACCGUGAAUAUCAAUAUUCCACAUGAGGAAGAAGUGAUUGUUUAUGCUCCAGAAUAUUUAACCAAUCUUAAGCUCAUUCUUGCCAAAUAUUCUGCCAGAGAUCUUCAAAAUUUAAUGUCCUGGCGGUUCAUAAUGGAUCUUGUAAGCAGCCUCAGCCGAAACUACAAGGAGUCCAGAAAUGCUUUCCGCAAGGCUCUUUAUGGCACAACAUCAGAAACAGCAGCUUGGAGACGCUGUGCAAACUAUGUCAAUGGGAAUAUGGAAAAUGCCGUGGGAAGGCUCUAUGUGGAAGCGGCAUUUCCUGGAGAUAGUAAACAUGUGGUUGAGGAUUUAAUUGCCCAGAUCCGGGAGGUUUUUAUUCAGACUUUAGAUGACCUAACCUGGAUGGAUGCUGAAACAAAAAAGAAAGCUGAGGAAAAGGCCUUAGCAAUUAAAGAAAGAAUUGGCUAUCCUGAUGACAUUAUUUCAAAUGACGACAAACUGAAUAAUGAGUACCUUGAGUUGAGCUACCAGGAAGAAGAAUACUUUGAGAAUAUAAUUCAAAACUUGAAGUUUGGCCAAAAUAGACAACUAAAGAAACUUCGAGAAAAGGUGGACAAGGAUGAGUGGAUAAGCGGAGCAGCUGUAGUCAAUGCAUUCUACUCUUCAGGCAGAAAUCAGAUAGUCUUCCCAGCUGGCAUUCUGCAGCCACCCUUUUUCAGUGCCCAGCAGCCUAAGUCAUUGAACUAUGGGGGCAUUGGCAUGGUCAUAGGACAUGAAAUCACCCAUGGCUUCGAUGACAAUGGCAGAAAUUUUAACAAGGAUGGAGACCUCGUUGACUGGUGGACUCAACAGUCUGCAAAUAAUUUUAAAGACCUAUCCCAAUGCAUGGUGUACCAGUAUGGGAACUUCUCCUGGGACUUAGCAAAUGGAGAGCAUCUCAAUGGAAUUAAUACACUGGGAGAAAACAUUGCUGAUAAUGGUGGUAUUGGCCAAGCAUACAGAGCCUAUCAAAACUAUGUUAAAAAGCAUGGUGAAGAAAAAUUACUUCCUGGACUUGACCUAAAUCACAGACAACUGUUCUUCCUGAAUUUUGCCCAGGUGUGGUGUGGAACCUACAGGACAGAGUAUGCACUCAACUCCAUUAAAACAGACGUGCACAGUCCAGGCAAUUUCAGGAUUAUUGGGACUUUGCAGAACUCUCCUCAGUUUUCAGAAGCCUUCCAUUGUCGCAAGAAUUCAUACAUGAAUCCAGAAAAGAAAUGCCGGGUUUGGUAAUCUUCAGAAGUGGUGCAGCC